UCUAUGACCAUUUACAAGAGUAGAAGAAAUGAGAUUUUCAGGUUCUUAUGUGUAGAAUUUUCAUGCGUAAAAACCAAAAUUUCUUAAUAGAAAUACAAAAUUAAGGGCAAUCCCCAACAAUACUAGAUAGUUUUUCGAAACAACUAUCAUUUGAUGUAAUCUAAAUUUGCUUGUUGAGGAUGAUUUGACUAGUCGUUUUUAGAAUUACAUUACGUGCAACAUGUUAUUAAUAGCCAAAGAAGAAUCUUCAGUAUCCUUUUCCAAAUUAAAAUCAACAUUAAUGUUUUCCUAAUAUUUAAGAACUUUCCUGAUCGACUCUAAGAGCCUUCCUAAUACCUUUAGGAUUCCCAAUAAUCCUUUUCCAACUUAAAAUCCAUUUAAAGGUUUCCUAGAGUGUUAGGAUUCUUUGUAGUUACCAGCCUACCACUUGUUUUAAAAGUUUAUAUAUAAGUAGCACUAAACAUCAACUUAUUAAAAUCAACUUCUUUAAAAAUUUCCAGUCAGUAUAAUGGAUUCUGUAACUGAUGAUUAUUGUGAUGUGCACCAAGACGAGAGUCUUGACACAAGCAGCGUUGAAUCAGCACCUUACGAUCAGUUCAUCAUCAAAUUCGAGGUCGAAUUUCUCAGGGAACAAGGAGAAGAAGAAGAAGAUGAUGAACACGAUGUGUUCCGGUUAGAGAGUACUAUCAAAACGGAAAUAUUUCUGGAGCGAUGUGAUCGAUUGCCCCAUAGCAAUUUACCGUGGCAUAAUGUUACAAGAAUGUUGCAUAUAAUGGGUGUGGAAGGAGAUAGACAACCUAUGAUGUUACGUCAGAUAUGUUCUUUUGCUGAUAAAAUUGCCAAUGAACCUUAUAACAGGAAUAAGAAAAUACUAACAAUGAAAGUUUAUAUAAGCAUUCCUGUCAGUGACUUCAUUGAAGAAAGUAGUGAGGCAGUUGGUCUUGAUGGCAAUGAAGAUUUGGAGAAAGUCAAGUUGGGAAGUGAGUGUGUGUGUGUGAUAUGCAGGGAAAAGAUGGAGAUGGGAAGUGAAGCAACAAAAAUGCCUUGUUCUCAUGUGUUCCAUGGAAAUUGUUUAAUGAAUUGGUUAGGGGUAAAGAGGAAUUGUCCAAUUUGCCGUUUUGUUUUGCCAUCUUGAUCGUGAAUAAAAGAAAAUUCAACAUGUAGAGUUCACUUGGCCCUUCGUGAAUAGUUUAAGAAAGUUGUAAGAUUGGUCCUUUCUUUGUUUGAUUGGUUUUUAGUGCAUCCUUUGAAUAUUUUGAAAGAAAUACAAUUUAUUUGAGUGUGUCAUAAUAUUCAUGCUUACAGAUACAGAGCAUAUCAAUAAAAUGUUGUGAAAUUAAGAAAAUAAAUCUAUAUAUUUUGGAUUUCAUCAAUUGAUUUGAGCUGAUUUCAUGGUCCAAGCAGUAAACUUAGAGAUGUGAAUGCUCUGGGAACCAUUGUUGAAGAAAUAUAAAUGGGUUGCACCAUCCACUGCUAAAUUAGUUGGGUAAACCCUAGCUGUAAUGCAAGCCUUUCCUUCUCCACCAAAGCUCUCCACUAUUGAGUGAUCAAUCUACACACACAAAAA